CUCGUCACCCGCCACGGUUAACUUCCCUGUGACUCGGUUUAACUCUUGAGAUCUACGUGGAUGUUGCUAAGAGCACUUCUCUUGCCUUUGCUGUCCCUUGCUGGGAUCGGAUUCACACCACCCGGACCCUGUGUGCCUGUAUGUGUGUUCUGAGUGUCUUGACAUUUUGAUUCCUUUACAAGAGCUAUGCAUUAAUUGUAACCAAGACCUGUGCGUGACCAUAGGCUUGGCUUGACCUUGAUUUUGAUGGCUUUGUUGGAAGAUCUAAUGAUGUGAUUGCAUUUCAUGAGGUGAUUGCUCUCCAGCCUCUGUGGCUCAGGGUAUAAACCACUUCUGCCACACUGUCACUCAUGGACAAUUCAGAUUUUUUUUUAAACAAACCUUUUGGCUAUCAUUAUUUUCUCACUCCUCCUUUCCCUGCUGUUUCUCCUUAAUGCUGGGAGCCUUAUUCUACCCUCUGAUGUGAUUGAUAGUCCUGCUGCUUUGCGCUGCCGAUUUCUGGUUUAAAAUACAAUGGCUCUAAGUGGCAACUGCAGGACUUACCUGCCUCCUCGGGAGCAGGGGACUGGACUACACUCCUUCCCAGAGGUAGUGGAGCUCAACGUGGGUGGCCAGGUUUACUUCACUCGCCACUCCACCUUGGUUGGCACCCCUCACUCCCUGCUGUGGAAAAUGUUCACCCCAAAGAGAGACACAGCCAACGAUCUGGCCAAGGACUCCAAGGGAAGAUUCUUCAUUGACAGAGAUGGUUUCCUUUUCCGCUAUAUUCUGGACUAUCUCAGGGACAAGCAAGUGGUUUUGCCUGACCACUUCCCAGAGAAGGGAAGGCUCAAGAGGGAGGCUGAGUACUUCCAGCUCCCAGACUUAGUCAAACUCCUGACUCCUGAUGACAACAAGCAAAGCCCUGAUGAUUAUUGCCACAGUGACUACGAAGAGGUCUCCCAAGGCAGUGACACGAGAAUAUGCCCACCCUCAUCGCUCUUACCGUCAGAUCGGAAGUGGGGAUUCAUUACCAUCGGGUACCGGGGGUCGUGCACUAUUGGCAGGGAGAGCCAAGCAGAUGCCAAAUUCAGGAGGGUCCCAAGGAUUUUGGUUUGUGGAAGGAUUGCUCUGGUCAAAGAGGUCUUUGGAGAAAGUUUGAAUGAAAGCAGAGACCCGGACAGGGCUCCAGAAAGGUACACCUCCAGGUUUUAUCUCAAGUUCAAGCACCUGGAGAGGGCUUUCGACAUGUUGUCCGAGUGUGGAUUCCACAUGGUGGCCUGUAACUCCUCGGUGACAGCUUCCUUCGUCAACCAGUACACAGACGACAAGGUCUGGUCCAGCUACACCGAAUAUGUCUUCUACCGUGAGCCCUCCCGGUGGUCCUCAUCCCACUGCGACUGCUGCUGCAAGAACGGCAAAGGCGACAAGGAGGGAGAGAGCGGCACAUCCUGCAACGAGCUGUCGACGUCCAGCUGCGACAGCCAGUCGGAGGCCAGCUCCCCCCAGGAGACCGUCAUCUGCGGCCCCGUCACGCGCCAGACCAACAUACAGACUCUGGACCGGCCGGCCAAGAAGGGCCCUGUGCAGCUGCUGCAGCAGUCCGAGAUCCGCAGGAAGAGCGACCUGCUCCGGACUCUCACCUCUGGCUCCCGGGAGUCCAACUCCAGCAAGAAAAAACAAGUGAAGGAGAAGCUCUCCAUUGAGGAGGAGCUGGAAAAAUGUAUCCAGGAUUUCCUCAAAAUCAAAAUCCCAGACCGGUUUCCCGAGAGGAAACACCCCUGGCAAUCUGAACUGCUGCGGAAGUACCACCUUUAGGCUCAGGGUGGGGAGAGCACAUGACCUUGUUACAUUAGAGACAGAUCCUAAGUGAUACAAAAAUAAUUCCCAAUAAUAAUUAUUUGUUAGGUCACCGAAACCAAAAUCCAUCUCUAGUACUGCCUAAUUUGCCUCUUUCACCUUAACAUUUCUAGUCGUAGGGUAACGAUAUUUUUUGCAGUCCUGGAAGCACAAUGACAAACGCUUUCGUUUGUAAACUCGGAGUCUUACACAAGCUGAAAACCUUAAGGGCACAACCAGACCCAUGCCAAGGGAUGGUUGCAUGCAGCUGCCAGUGCCGUGGGAGCGUGGCCUGGGAACAGGCAGGUCAGGGGGAUGUGAGCUCCGUGCCCUCUGUGUCCUCCUCGGAGCACAUCUGUUUGGAGGGAGGUGCACACUGCGAAGCCCCGAGCUCUGCCGUGGCAGUUUAAGCAUGUGUAUAUAUAUAUAUGUGCAUAUAUAUAUGUGUGUAUAUAUAUCUCUGUGUAUAUAUAUAUGUAUAUAUAUAUAUCUAUAUAUAUAUAUCAAUAUAUAUUGCUUAAAGAUUUUCUGGCUCUCUCCUCAUAACUGCACUUUCUCAGAAAAGCGCAUUUUUUAGCCGUCUGUGGAUGUUCAGUUUCUUCUCCAGGUCUUUGAGGGCUGAACAGUAGAAGUCCAUCUCACUGUCUCUCCCCUGCUCCCUCUCCCUGUCUUUACCCCUUCUCUGAGACACUGUAAAUGCGUUUCAGUGGAGACCAGGGUGCAGUCUGUGGUUCUUUGUUACCAUCAGCAAAUACUCCCAUUUGUUUUGGAUGAUCUUGUCCCUCUGUGUCCUCCCCACACCUCUUGUGUUCCUCAAGGCUCCCCAGUGUCAGUGGGUUAAAGGUGUGCUGAUCCCAGCUGGAAAGCUGUAGGGCUGGUUCCACGGCUGUGUGUGGAGUGGCUGUGCUGGUUUUUGUGGAUGCCAGGCACAAGUGCCAGGGGUGUCUAUCCCAGCUGGCAGGGACAGAGGGCACUGUAUCCCAUCCGGCACAGAAGCACCCACAGAAAUCACCCACCCAACCAGCCCCAUGGUGCUUUGUGCGUGGGGAUCCACUGUUGGAGGAGAGAGUAGGUGUGUGCCAAGAGAAAGUACAACCCCAGGAGGUACCUGCGUUCCAUCCCACGGAUCCCAUGGUGGGACAGCCAGCAAACUGCACCGUGUGUGCCGUGUCACCCCCGGAGCCAUGGGAAAGGCUGGUCCUGCACUGACCCACAGGGAAAGGGUGCAGGUGGGUCUAUGGGGCGCAGAAGUGCCAAGGCCAGGUAAGGCCAGAGCAUGGCAGCACAGAUC